AUGGCAGUCGAAUCCGCCCGCUUCCCGCAGUUCGAGUACCAGACGGCCACGCUGAACGGGGUCACGUACAACUACAUACACGCAGAGCCGGCGGGCAAGGUUGUCGGCACCAUCUUUCUCAUCCACGGAUGGCCCGACCUGUCCGUGGGAUGGCAGAAGCAGAUCCCCUAUCUGCUCUCCAAGGGCCUCCGGGUCAUCGCCCCGGACAUGAUGGGCUACGGCGGCACUGACGCGCCCGAAGAUGUUGGUCUCUACACCUUCAAGCGAGCCUCGGAUGACAUUGCCGCCCUCGCCAGCCACCUCGGUGUGUCGCGCAUCAUCCUGGGCGGACACGACUGGGGCGGUGCCGUCGUCUACCGCGCCGCCCUCUGGCACCCGGAGCUGGUCGCCGCCUUCUUCGUCGUCAGCACGCCGUUCGCGCCCCCGCGCAUCACGUUCGUCGACCAGGCCCUGGCGCUGCCCACGCUGCACUACCAGCUGCAGUUCCGCACCGACGACAUCCAGGACUACAUCGGCCCCGUCAACGCGCAGAACGCCACGCGCGUGCGCCAGAUCCUCAACACCCUCUACGGCUCGGUGCUCCCCAACGGCGAGUCUGCCUUCAACUCGAGCGGCGACGGCCUCGCCCUCGACCAGCUCGACGGCGUCACCAAGGACACGCCGCUGAUGACCACCGAGGAGGUCGACUUCUACGUCGACACCUACUCCGCCAAGCCCUUCAACCGCACGCUGAACUGGUACCGCACCAGCGAGCUGAACUUCCAGGACGAGCUGGCGCUGCUGCCGGCCGACGGCACCUACGCCUCAAAGUAUACGCAGCCCGCGCUGUACAUCGGCGGGUCGCGGGACACGGCGCUGCCGCCGAUCCUGUCGACGGGCAUGGACGUGUAUUUUGACAGCCUGGCCCGGGGCGUGGUCGACGGCACGCACUGGGCCAUGCGGGAGAAGCCCCAGGACGUGAACGACCUCAUCGGCGGCUGGUUGGCCGGCUCCGUGCUGGGGAACCUGACCGUCGGUCUCAACCUGACGGCGGGGAUCGGCGCUCUGAGUCUGCCGUGA